AAGGGCGGCAGAGAAAAUAAAGAAACUUCGGGAGAGGGGGAGAUGAGCACGCUCUCUUCGAGCUCUGCUAUUUGCUUCUUCGCGAAGUCUCCUUCUUCUUCAUCCUUUCUUCCUCCUUCCUCUUCUUCUUCGUUUUCGUCUCAUUACUUGAAGAACUCCGGGUUUCCGUUCUCUCGUUGCGCCCCGGUUCGAGUUAUAAAUGAAUCAAGAGGGACGGAGGUAUCUCAGGAACGAGCGAGCGAAAGAACUGAUGCAGACAAGCUCGUCGACAAGAUGGACUUUGGCGAGCUGUGCAAUGAAUUCGAGUGCAUCAGCAGUCCUUUUGUUGAAUCUACCGCGAGGCAGCUAGCGCGCGACAUUUUGGAGUUGAGGGAAGGCAAUCGCGCUCUCGGAACCUAUUCAGUGUCUGUCAAAUAUAAGGAUCCAGUUAGGGCUUUUACUGGUCGCAAGAAGUACAAGCGACCACUGUGGGUGACCGGAGCAUUGGACAAGCCCUCAGUGAGUGUUCAAGAGAUGAUGAUGCUAUCUACCAGCGUACUGAACAUCAAAUGGACUGUAAGAGGAAGACCAAAGUUUGUGCUUGCUAGCAUUGGAGGAGACUUGAUUAUACGCAUCAACUCGGUUUUUACUUUGAAUCAAAUAAGUGGUCAAGUGCUUGAGCAUGAAGAAUCUUGGGAUGUUUCAGCGUCAUCCAUAAUUGGGAAGGCAUACUUCUGGACCUCUAGGCGAUUGUAUGCCCUAACUGAAUCUAGUAAAGAUAUUGCUGAUGGCAUCACAGAGUUAACAAGUCCACUUUCAAAAGGAAAGGAGAACUUAGAGAUUUAUCCAGAUCCUACUGGUGAUCCAACAAAGUUCUUCCAAAGGGAUGACAGCUUCCAAAGGGACGCUUACCAGAUUGCCCUCUUCCUGGCCGUGCUUUACUUUGUUGUACAGUUUCUUAAGAUCACUCUGUGAUCUCUCUCUCUCUAUGCAACCAUGUAUAUCAAAUCAUGUCACUGUUACAGGAGGUUCUGUAAUCUUGCAUAGAUGUUGAGUGUAUCCACUGUAAUAUGAUUGUAUCACUAAUAAACUCUGCCUCAGGCGUUUUGUAAUUGUAUAAUCUAAUAUAUGCCCCUGAAAGUUAAAACCUAA